AGGACCAACAUCUUCAUCAGCCCACCAGGUGCUCCACCUCUAGUAGGAGGUUAUGGCUACGGUUCUCCGUUCUACGGUGGGUGGGGAUGGUCACCAUUCACUUUCUUCGUGCCGGGGCCAAGCAUUGCCGUAGGAAUUGGCGGAGGCUUUGAGUUUUUUGCCGCCAUCUUAGUGUUGGGAGCCAUCGCCACUGUAAUUAGAAGAUUGACAGGGCGGAGGGAGGAAGAAGAAGAAGAUUUUUGAUGAUAUAUAUACAUACAUAUAUUUGUUAUGAUACCUUGAAUUAUAUGUUUCUCUAGCUUCUCUUGUUAUAAUAAGCACAUAUAUGUUCCUUUUUGUAUGUAAAUCUGUAAAUGUGAGUUAUGGGAUACUUAUGUUGGUUAAAGUGAAACGUUGCGGUAAAUAAAGUUUCAUUUUAAUUGAAA